AAACGGGCCCAAACAGGCAGACGAGUACACGUGGCCAUAGAACAGGCUCUGACUCUGAGGUCGCAGAAAAGUAAAAGGGGGAAGAAAAAGAAAAAGAUACAGUACUUUGCGAAUGCAUCAUAAGCGCCACCUUGUUGACAGUUAAAAAAAUACUGUUUGCUCCCGCGAAAAAGCAGUUUCUUCCAUUAGUUUAUUUGUGAAGAACUGGAAAGGCACGAGAAGCUAGUGGGCAGUGGGGCGGGCGAGGCCUCCUUCCGAAAUGGCCCUAUUUCUCUCUCCUACUUUUCCCCAUUUUCCUCUCACUUCUCUCCUCUCAUCUUUCUACUCCCAGUUCUUCCACUCCUUGGGGAUCAGGCUGCUGCUGCUGCUGCAGAUCCGUGACCUAGGUCCGAACCAUAAUGGUGAAGGAAACUGAGUAUUAUGACAUUCUUGGUGUUCGUCCUUCCGCUUCGGAGGAGGAGAUUCGUAAGGCCUAUUAUCUUAAGGCAAAACUAGUCCAUCCGGAUAAGAAUUUGAAUGAUCCUCUAGCUGCUGAAAGGUUCCAGGCGUUAGGUGAAGCUUAUCAAGUUCUGAGUGAUGCGGUCCAGAGAGAUGCAUAUGAUAGGAAUGGAAAGCACAGCAUUACUAGGGAAUCCAUGCUUGACCCUACGGCUGUUUUUGCUCUUCUAUUUGGAAGUGAAUUAUUUGAGGACUACAUUGGACAUUUAGCUGUAGCAUCAAUGGCAUCAUCUGAAUUAGACAGUGAAACUGGUAAUCCAGAGCGAAUACAUGAUAAAUUGAAGGCUGUCCAGAAAGAAAGAGAGGAAAAACUUGCACGUGUACUCAAAGGCUUUCUUAAUCAAUAUGUUCAAGGCGAUAAAGAAGGAUUCUUACGGCAUGCUGAAUCCGAAGCCAAAAGACUUUCUAAUGCGGCUUUCGGUGUUAGUAUAUUACACACUAUAGGCUACAUUUAUUCAAGACAGGCAGCUCAAGAGCUUGGAAAGAGGGCCAUUUAUCUUGGCGUGCCAUUUGUGGCUGAAUGGUUUCGCAACAAGGGGCAUUUUUGGAAGUCUCAGAUAACAGCUGCAAAAGGUGCUUUUCAGUUGUUGCAACUUCAAGAUGAUGUUUGCCGGCAGUUUAAAAUGGAUGGUAGUGGCCCUGAAAAUGAUAUUGAAUCGCAUAUACGAGCGAAUAAAGACACAUUCCUGAAUUCUUUGUGGAAGCUUAAUGUAGUAGACAUAGAAUUGACUCUUAUAAAUGUGUGCCAGAUGGUGCUACAUGAUAAUACUGUUAAAAGGGAAGACCUAAAAGCUCGUGCUCUGGCCCUGAAGAUACUUGGAAAAAUAUUCCAGGAGAAAAAUUCACAAAAUGGUGGAACCUCAAAAAAGAAAAGUGCUGCUGCAGUAGAUGACGAUGGCACGAGUUCAGAGAGCAGCGAUGAUGAGGAUCCCCAAAGACCACUGUCUUAUCGAACUCCUUUUCUUACUCAGGGUAUAGGUAGACUCUUCAGAUGCCUCUGUAACCCAGCAUUUGAUGUGGACGACGAUGAAAUUGUGUAUAAAAGCAAAUGAUGAAUAUAUAUACAGAUUCAAGAAGGUUUUAUUCCCUUUGCGAAAAAAAAAGGUGGUUUUAUUUCUUAUCUUUCAACAAGCACAGAAAGGCUCAAGCCAUCAAUUGUGUUGAUAAGUGAUGUGGGAUUUGGACUAAAAUCAGUAAUCUUCCUCCAUUUUUUCAUAAGUUGGUCAUCAUAUAGAAUUUGGACUUUACCCGUUACUGUUUAUAGUUCAUUAUAUAUUACUUUCUCCAAAGGGUUGCAGAUAUAAAGGUUAACUUUUAGUAUUCC